AUGCAGGCUGCAGCAAACAGCACCCCUGACCAGGACUUGGUCAUUGACGGUGCCGACCUCUCCAACGUGACGCUGGUUGGCAAGGUGGUCAGCUGCGCAGAGCGCGCCGGAAACAUCGACCUGCAGAUCUCAGACGGUACUGGCGUCAUCAGCAUCACCUACUUUGUGGACAGCGUCGACAGUGACCCGCAGGCCGUCCCUCAAAAGGUCGCGGAGCUGCGGCCGGGCACAUACGUGCGCACUUACGGCCACAUGCGCGCCUUCCAGGGCAGCUGGAGCAUCAGCGCGUUUGCGGUGCGCGUGGUGCACGAUUUCAACGAGGUGACUUACCACUGCCUGCAGGCGAUCUUCCAGCACAUGCACCUCGCCAAGGGCGCUGGCACUGGCACCGGCGGGGCAACACAGCAGCAGCAGGCCGGCAUCAACUCGUACAGCGGGCCAGCGGCGGGAGGCUGGCAGCAGAAGCCGCAGCAGCAGCAGGGCGGCGGCUAUGGCGGUGGUGCGCCAGUGGCUGGGCCACCCGGUAUGGACCCCUGCGCGUCAGCAGUGCUGCAGGUAGUGUCAGACCCCAACACCGGCGACUCGGGCGUUCACGUGAACGACAUCUGCGGGCGCCUCGGGCCCCGGGGCUUUGCCCGGCCCCAGGUGGAGGCGGCGCUGACCUUUUUGCAGAACGAGGCGCACUGCUACACCACCUGCGACGAGAACCACUGGCGCGCCACAUGA